AUGACGAAGGACAGGUUAGCGGCGCUCGUGGCGGCGCAAAGCGACGAAGAUGACGUUGGGCCUGACGAUGUCAACGUCGCCGUUGAAGGUGGUUUCAUGGACGAAUUCUUCAGUGAGGUGGAAGAGAUACGGGAGAUGAUAGACAAGAUCCAAGCGAACGUCGAAGAGGUUAAGAAGAAGCAUAGCGCCAUCCUAUCAGCACCGCAGUCAGAUGAAAAAACAAAGCACGAAUUAGAAGAUCUCAUGGCUGACGUUAAGAAAACUGCCAACAAAGUCAGAGGAAAAUUAAAACACAUAGAGCAGAACAUCGAACAGGAGGAGCACUCAAACAAAUCAUCCGCGGAUCUCAGGAUAAGAAAGACUCAGCACUCUACUCUGUCGCGCAAGUUUGUAGAAGUGAUGACAGAAUACAACAGGACGCAGACGGACUACCGGGACCGUUGCAAGAAUCGGAUACAACGGCAGUUGGAAAUCACCGGCCGCGCUACCACCGAUGACGAGCUCGAGGAGAUGCUCGAGCAGCCCAACCCCGCCGUAUUCACUCAGGGGAUAAUAAUGGAGACGCAGCAAGCGAAGCAGACACUGGCGGACAUCGAGGCACGGCAUGCUGACAUCAUCAAACUGGAGACCUCUAUCCGCGAGCUUCAUGACAUGUUCAUGGACAUGGCGAUGCUCGUCGAAAGCCAGGGCGAAAUGAUCGACCGCAUUGAGUAUCAUGUAGAACACGCUGUUGACUAUGUUCAAACUGCCACACAAGAUACAAAGAAGGCCCUAAAAUAUCAGAGCAAAGCUCGACGGGUAAGUUGUCUUGUACCAGUGCAGAGUCAUUCAUUGCUAAUAAUUUUAUUUUGUUUCGUUCGCCCCUGCCCGUAUCGCGUCCGUACUGUCCGAAUCCUUAUCCCCGCCAUUGUGAUGUUUCGUUGA